AUGGACAUCGCCACCGCCCUCUCCACGCCCUCACCAGGCACCCAAACCCUCAAAUGCAUCGACAUGCACACCACCGGCGAACCCACCCGCAUCAUCUACUCCGGCUUCCCACUCCUCCCCGCCAUCACACUCCUCGACCAGCGCUCCCACGCGCUCACCCACAACGACCACAUCCGGAAACGCCUGAUGCUGGAACCCCGCGGCCACGGCGACAUGUACGGCGCGAUCAUCGUGUCGGACACGGAGCUCGUGCGCAGCGGUGCCGCGCACAUCGGUGUCCUGUUCACCACGAACGGCGGGUAUUCGACUAUGUGCGGACAUGCGACGAUCGCGCUGGGAAGGUUCCUAGUCGAUACGCAUGACUUGGAUGUGUUUCCGCGUCGAAGGGGGUUGGUUGUGGACGAGGCGGCUGGGGAUGGGAGCGGGGCGAGGGUGAAUGUGAAUAUUCAUGCCCCCUGCGGUCUGGUGAGAGUGAGUGUGCCGACGACAGCGGAUGGGUCGAAAUCGGAUCCGUCCCGACCCGUCACGUUCCUGAGUACCCCGGCGUAUGCGACAGCGCGGGACCUGGAGGUGCAGAUCCCGGAGGAAGUCAAGUGGCCGGAGCUCGGGGAUCGGGGGUCCAUCACGCUGGAUGUGAGCUAUGGGGGCGCGUUCUAUGCGCUGGUCGGGGCGCGGGAGUUAGGGUUUGAAGGAGGUCUGGGGAAGGUUGAUUUCGAUGCGAUUUCGCACGCGGUGAAGAAGCUGAAGGCGUAUCUGUCGACGCAUCCGGUGGUGGUGGAAGCGUUGCAGAACGUCGAGGAUGAGAGGCUGGCGUUCUUGUAUUCGGUCAUGGUGGUGGAUGGCAGGGUGGGAUCGAGGCCGGAAGGCGUCGACGGCGCAGAGACCGGGCUAUGCUUCUUCGCGGAUAACCAGAUCGAUCGGUCGCCGACGGGGUCGUGUGUCUCGGCGAGAAUGGCCCUGGCGCAUGCGAAGGGCUUGAGGCCUCUGGGGCAGAGGUGGGCGUAUAAUUCGCUGGUGUCGAAUCAUUUUGAUACCGGGGCUUUUUCGGCGGAGAUCGUGGAGGAAAGAGUGCGUGUGAAGCACUAUAGGGGGGACGAGAGGGAUGCGGUCGUUGUGCGUGUCGAGGGGAGCGCGUACUAUACUGGGGCCUUGACCUUCGCGGUUGAAGAGGGUGACGUUACCGGUGAGAGUGGGUUUACGAUGAAGGGUAUAACCAAUUGAGAUGGUAUUGUAGUUCAGUCAAACGAUAGAUAGAUAGAAGUGGUUGUAUUACAUCCAGAUGUUGCUAUACUCAAAUUCAAAAUUGGCCCCCCAU